AUGAGCGCCGCCGCAGCAGGGGCUUCCCUCCCCUUCGGCGCCCUCGUCGCCAUCGUCCUCCUCGGCACCUUCACCGUCUCCGCCACUCUCGCCUUCUUCGGCAUCUGGCUAUCGCGUCGUCGAAGAUUAGCAGUAGUAGCCGCGGGCCAGGGCCAGACAAACAAGGAAAGAAGCGGAGGAUGUCAUGUGUACGACUUGACUGGUGAGACGACUAUUGCAUCGACGGCGUUGACAGUCCAUGUUGGGAAUGGUCACGAUGCCGUGGAUGUUGGAGACUUCUCGCCGAAACGAAGCCCUAGAAAGUUGCAAAAACUUCCAUCUGCGGCGUGGACGACGGCGUCGGCUUUGAAGUAUAAUAGUACUACUUGUUUGUUGCCCAAGGCGAAGGGGAAGGGGAUAUGGCAAGGGGAGGGUGCUGGUAAUGGACUGAGAGGUCGAGAACAUGAGAUGGAUGGAGAGGGAGAAGAUGGGGUGCUGUCGGUUUCCAUGCUACCUGGAAUGUCGUGGAUGGACUUGGGCGGAGCGCAAGAGCAAGGUUCACUGCUGCCAUUCAGCAGGUUGCGAAAGACUUCUUCCGGCAGUCUUCUUCGCCUGCACAAGACAAAGUUGCUGGGUGUGAGUAGAAAGAAGAGCAGUGCCAAUGAGAGGAGGAUGGCAAACUCAGCGUGGAUUGAUGAAGAGGCGAUUCAUGGUCCGGAAAUGAGCGGGAUGAGCAACAUCCCGGACGAAAACGGGACUAGUAAUGAUAGUGACAAUAACAGCCACCGCAAGUCAUGGCUGUUUGGUUGGCGAAAGGGGAAAGGUAGAGAUUGGAUCCGAGAAUCGUGGCCGUUGAAGACGAGGGCGCCCACGGUUCCGAGGCUGGAUGACUACCAGGAACUUCCUAGAAGUCAGAUGCUGAGCCAGAGCCAGAACCAAAGCCAGCUGAACGACCAAAGAGCAGAGCAGCUGGAGACCGAGACGAUGACAGGUCGUCUUGGAAUUCCUUCCACUGAUAGCGGUCGAAGUGCUGUCAGGUCUGCCUAUGGCGCAAUGGAGGGAGGAGGAGAAGGGUUAUCGGUUUCUCUACUAUUACCUGAGCCUCCGCAGCCCGCGAUAGUAAGAGGACAAGCCGGAACGGGAGGAGGGUUCGUUGUGCAACACAGACAUACCAAGAGCGAGCCCCAGAGGAUCUUGAGGGUCACGAACCCCAGCACUCCUACUAGCCUUGCUAGGCCUACUCCCAUACCUACAACGCAGUCAACCUCAACGAAGAACAGACAGGUAUCAACGGAUUCGACACUUUCCGAGAUCCUCAGAUCCACGGAGAAGAGGCUGCAGAAAGCCAGCACUAGCGGAGUGUCGCGGCGAAACCGAGCGACAAUACAAGUGGCAUCUGGUCCCCAUCGAGGACUGUCUCUGCACGUGGCUGAGAGACUCGAGGAAAGUCGCAGCCCUGGUCUUCGGCGAAGCGAUUCUCUCAAGGAAACUCGAGGGACUCGAGUAGAACAUCAACUCCCUGUCAUCAGUCCAUCAAGCAGUGGUCUAGUGGCGCCACUGACACUUGUGCCCAAGUCAUCGGGACAGCAGCAGCAGCGGCCAGACUCGCGGGAAUCAUCGUCCUCGGAGCCAGAUAGUCUCCUCGCCGAGCCUGCCUACUCGGAGAUGCCGUCGGGACUGACGAGUCCAAGUCGGGUCUCAAGCAUAGCCGGUGCUUCGAGCGUUGCCGAGACAGAGAUUGAGAUGCUCCUCUUGACCGUGGAUGUGCCUUCGAACCGCAGUUCCAUGACCUCGGCAGCAUCUCUUUCCACUAUUCACAGCGUGGACGAAUCAUCUGAAGGGGGCGCAAGAGUUUCAGUAGGGACUAAGACGCCAUCCCCAGACCGUGCUGCUAUGGUGGCAGGCACCGGAAGACCCACGGUAUCCUUACAGACUUCUAUGGUUGACAGUGAGCGGUUCGCCUUGCCCGCUCCAUUGUCCGCUGUUGAUGCGUCUGCGCCCUCUCUACCCUCUGGAUCCUCUGCCCGACCCUUCACAAGCUACGGGUGUCCUGUACCCAGACCUCUUUCAACAAGAUCCCAGGGCGAAACCGAGAGCAACAGGAGAUCGUUCGUACGGAAGUCCAUCAUAGCACAAGAACCAAUUGGCCCUAUGCCCUCGAUGCCCACUAGGCUAUUGCCGUGUCCAGGAGUACCUUCCGGCAAGAACUGUGUGAUUGCCCAAACCAGCUGUGGCACAUGGCACACCACAAUGGCCAAUCCCUUUCAGGUACCAGUCAGCCCAACUUCUAUUCAAGCAUCGACAGACUCUGCGAGUCCGACAUCAUCCUCGGGUUCCAUGGCAUCAAGGGAGACUCUCAGAGGGCUUCGCUCUCCGCCCAACAAGAGCACCACAUACAACAAUACGCUGUUAAACUCCAUAGUUCUCCCACCGCCAACACAACACAGAUAUGUCGAUGCCAAGACCGUGGUGGCAGAGAUCAAACCACCAGCCAGUGAAUCAUCGUCCGUAUACUCGCAAGACAUUGCGGCCAACGAAGCCUUCAGCCCCGCACCGGUACCGACAUUCACGGUUCCCACACCAUCCAGUCCCACCCGGACAUCCCUCCCUCCGUCUCCAACCACGGUGGGACUAGCAGCAGCGCAAGCUCUCAACGCCGCCAACUUCCAGAGGAACUCGAUUCUCUUUGCCGGAUCCCAGCAGCAGACCCCCUCUUGCCGCACUUCGCGUACGAUCAAACCCAAUAGAGCGUCGGUACUGGCAGCGCAGCGAGACCUCGACGACGAGGUUGAAGAUGAUGAGGGUAACAAAGAAAAUACAGCAGCUAUGACGCCAAAAGCCAGCCCCAUAGCCGCCACCAUUGCCCAGCUUCGACGCAUGAACAGCGUCCUCAGCACCGCCUCCAGCGUAAGCAGCAUUAACACCGACGUCCCUGACGGUGGCGGCAAUGGCUAUCCGAGCAGAAGGAAUAGUAGAGUGGGAGUAUCAUCCAGCCCGACGCAAUCGGCACUGAGAGGCGGUGGAUUCAACCCCAUUCCGAGACGGGAUAGCCAUCAAAGUUAUGGCCAUCGGCGAAGUGGGAGCAGGAACUACUUGUUCGCGCUGAGCGGCGGCGCUGGAGCCGUACCGUCGACGCCAACAACACCGAAGGUCGUGAAAAGAACAAGCGGUAGCGGAGGCGGAAGUGGUGGUAGGGUGCGCCCGAAUCCAUCAGGGCAAAUGAACGGGCACUUACGGACCGGUUCGGAAUCAGGAUCAGGAAUAGGAAGGAUGGUGUCGAUAUCUCGAUCUGGAUCGCCUAAGAGGAUAACGUUGACGCCGGGACACCACCGAAGCCUGGGAAGUGAUUACGGUGGUAGCAGCGUAAUUGGGAGUUCUGGCCUGAUCAACGCCAACAUUUUGAAGAACAGGUUUCAGUUCGACGACCACGACGAUGAUGACAAUAAUAACAACAAAGGCAAAAGAGCCAGUAAUGGUAAUGGUAUUACGAAGAAGCAGAACGGCAGUGACUUUCUAGUGGGCGCAAAGAACGAUGAGGGCAAAGAAGAGGAGAGUAAGAGGAAACUUCCCGUUAGAUUUACAUUGCCAAACUCUUCCACGGCCACUAUCGGGUUGACGGCAAAUUCUCCCCCGUCAUCGCCGUCGCAGAGGUCGAAGCAGGUUCAGACGGGCAUGGUGUACGUGACGCCGAAGGGAAAGCGUUGGAGGCAGAGCAAUGAGAGUUUGGGGCUUUAUGACCGGGAUGGCUUUUUGAUCAAUUCGCAUGGUCAGCCUCCUCCUGGGGCAAGCUCGAGCUCGGUGCGCGCUUAG